AUGGCGGAUUUUAAAAGUUAUCUUGCAGCGAGUAUUUUGACAGAGGACAAAGUGGUCACUUAUAAACUGCUUAGUCGGGUGCUCAAGGCCCAUGUAAAUACAGCAAAGGAAAUGCUGUUUGAGUUUCAUCGAGUACAGAAUGCAAAGAAACCAGGGACAAUUCAUGCAACUUAUCUCAUUGGUGGAACAAAGAGAAAAGAAGCACCUAUUGAGGUUGAGGCGCAAAAGGAUGGCGAAGAUGAUUAUAUGCAGAGCAGUCCAUUUGUCGGAAGCUCAAUGCCACAGCUCGAAGGGAGUACUGGUGAAGGCUCUACAUUUAGUAUAACAUUGACUCGAGAGGAGGAUUUGGAAACAACACGGUCUCAAUUUGAGCACAUUUCCUCAAUACAUAUAUAUAAUUCGACCCGAGAAGUCCAAACACUCGCCAAAUCCGAAGACCCCCUCGAAUCCUACCAUAAAUAUGGAAUAAUUACCAACCCAAAUGCUAAACGCCGUAUCCGCAAAGCACCACCCAUUGCAACUGCCACACAAGCAUCUGUUCCAACCAGACCUGCGACUGCGAAAUCCAAGCUUAUUGAAGUCCAAGAGUCUGCUAAAUCAUCUUCUUCCUCCAAAAAGCCCGAAUCCAAAUCACAGCCAUCCAAUGCCAAAGAUUUCUUUGGCAGCAGUGGAAAAGAAAAGACCAAGCCAAAGCCACAGGCAGAGUCUACAAGAGCCGAAUCCACCACUGCGCCUUCAAGUAAAGAAUCAACACCUGCUCCUCCUGCAAAUCUCAAGCGCGAAUCAAGUAGCAUUUUCAAGGCGUUUGCGAAAACUCAGUCUAAGAAAGCAAAAAUUGAGGAAACGGAAUCUAGUGCGAAGGACGAUUCAGCGAUGAAAGAUGUCUCGGACGAUGACGAAGAAGAUACAUGGAUGCCAGCGCCUGUCACUCAAGAAACCAAGGCUCAAGAUCGAAGUUCCAGGAAAGCAACACAGGAGAGAUUAAGGAAAAUGAUGGAAGAUGAUGAAGAAGAAGAAGAAGAAGAAGAAGAAGAAGAAAAGGCAGCACCCUCCCCAGCUCCUGAAACACCCGCCGAGGAGUUAGAAGAGGAAAAAGCACCUGAGGAAACCAAGGAAGAAGAACCUGUCGCAACUACAAGUAGUGGACGAAGAAGAGGUAGAAGAAGAGUCAUGAAGAAGAGAACUGUGAAGGACGAAGAUGGCUAUUUAGUAACGAAACAAGAAGCAGCCUGGGAAUCAUUUUCGGAAGACGAGCCUGCUCCAGCACCUAAAGCUAAAGCAGCGCCUGUUUCCACUCAACCCAAGAAGGAUGCACCAAAGAAGGGACAGGGGAAUAUUAUGGCGUUUUUUGGGAAGAAAUAGUGUUUUUAGCGGAACUUCAGGGAGUGAUUGUUGACGACAUUUCAUUGCGAGCUGAAUUGAGCAUCAUAGAGGUUAUGUGAUAGCGGAUAGCUUUGAUCGAUCCAAAUAUAUUGGUAGCAAAAGAAUAUAAUAAAACUAAAUCACUGUCUUCGGAUGCCAG